ACAACCUAGCAAAACAAAAGACAGAGAACAUCCCAAUUUCCAAGAAUAUCCAUGUCAAUCCAUGGUGACAAAAGAGAAAAAAAGAUGUUCAUCCAUGUUUAUCUAAAACCCAAAACAAAACCCCUCUUUUUCAAAGAAAAGUAAAAUAAAGAUAGGGAGAGAAAAGAAAAACAAGUUUAGAAGAGAGAGAAAAGAAAAACCUAAUUCCUACAUCGAAAGAAAUGCUUAAACAAUGGUGAUCUUCAGGUCUCUCAAAUCAAUACUCAGAAACUCAAACACCAUAGCUCGAACCUUCCUCAUUCCAACAACAUCAACAACAAUCACUCUUCCCUUUUCUCCAUUACUCCACAACGCACUUUUCCCCCUUCCUUCUCACCACAGCGGCCCCCUCUUCCUCGCUUCUCCGCCCUGGAAACUCUCUCAGUCUGCAACCCCUCUUUAUCAUCACCCUAAAGCCGUCGUUUUUCGUCACAAGGUUAACGCCAUCAAUCUCAAUUUGAUUCGAAUCACAACAAGAACCCCUUUACCACUCCACAAUCAUGUUGAUUCCAAUUCCAACUCCAACUCCAACCAAUCUCCUCAACACACACUUCUCUACACUUUCCUCAAUGCGCCAAAUCUCAUAUCUAUUACUCGAUUGAUUUCGGGUCCUUUUCUUGGAUGGAUGAUAGUGAAUGAUAUGUAUAUUUCAGCAAUGGUGGGGUUGGCUAUCUCUGGAGCGUCUGAUUGGCUUGAUGGGUAUGUGGCUAGGAAAAUGAAGAUUGAUUCUGUAGUAGGUUCCUACCUUGAUCCCCUUGCUGAUAAGGUUCUUAUUGGUUGUGUUGCUGUUGCAAUGGUUCAUCAAGAUCUACUGCAUCCUGGACUCGUUGGACUUGUUGUGUUCCGAGAUGCCUUCCUUGUCGGUGGUGCAAUAUUUCAAAGAGCCAGUAGCUUGGGUUGGAAGUGGAAAAGCUGGUUUGAUUUUUUUAACCUCGAUGGAACCGGUCGCCAAAAAGUCGAACCACUCUUUAUAAGCAAGGCGAAUACAGUGUUCCAGUUAGCGUUAGUUGCUGCAGCUCUUCUUCAACCUGAUUUUGGAACCCCAGAAAGUCAAUCAUACAUUACAUAUCUAAGCUGGUUAGUUGCUUCAACAACAGCGGGAUCUAGUGCGGCUUAUGGUUUACAAUACAUGAAAAGAUCUGCAGUUUUAUUAAAGUCGACAUAGUUGAAGAUUCGUUGAAGUAAACAUGUCUGGCCAAUCCAAGAAUUUUGAGUAGUAAACAUGUUUAAUUUAUAUAAACAUUUUAAAUUAAUUUUUAAUCAAUAUAAAUUAAAAUGGAAAAGAAUAGAUCUGCAAUGUUCUUCUUCAUUGUAUUUGCAUUCAAAAACCAAUACAUCUAACACACAACAACACAACUCAAUAACUCAGCCAAAAUCACAAUCACCAUUAAGCGUCGCCAUUCCUUCUUCUCAUCGCUUCCAGAUCUGAGUUCUCAUCGGAUUCUAUUGUUGGAAUGAAACACAGUUGUAUUGUAUUAGAAAGAAACACAGAUCUGUAUUGUUCGAAUGGUUCAUGUUUUAUUUCUCUUCGUAAUUAGACCUCUUGGGUUCCAUA